GCGUGGACUCUUCUAUUUGUUUUGUUUGUUUCUUUGUUUGUUUUGAUUUCCUCUGCUCCUCCCUCACCUCCCUAACUUUUUUAUCUUGUCAUUCUACGCACUACGCACUGGGGGAGACCCCCUAACCUCCCUACAUUUUUUACUAUUUAAGCAAUGUCAAUUCCCUUUGCUAAUAUCAUUAAGGGAUUUAGUUUAAAAUUUUAUUUAUUUAUAAUCUUUUUUCCUUUCUUCUUUUAUUCUUGUUUUUGUUAUUCAAUUACUAAUCAACAUUAAUUUAAUUUAAAAUGGCCCCACCUAAAGCUGAAAAGAAACCUGCUUCAAAAGCUCCAGCUGAAAAGAAACCAGCUGCUAAAAAGACUGCUUCAACUGAAGGUAAGAAGAGAAGUAAAACUAGAAAGGAAACUUAUUCUUCAUAUAUUUAUAAAGUUUUAAAACAAACUCAUCCAGAUACUGGUAUUUCUCAACAAGCUAUGUCUAUUAUGAAUUCAUUUGUUAAUGAUAUUUUUGAAAGAAUUGCUUCUGAAGCUUCUAAAUUAGCUGCUUAUAAUAAGAAAUCUACUAUUUCUGCUAGAGAAAUUCAAACUGCUGUUAGAUUAAUUUUACCAGGUGAAUUAGCUAAACAUGCUGUUUCUGAAGGUACAAGAGCUGUUACUAAGUAUUCUUCAUCUUCUGCUUAAAUAUAAUAGUUUAAUCAAAUCUUAACUACCAACCCCUCCUACCUCCCUUUACUUCUAUUUUACUAUUAUUAUUAGUCUUUUUUAUCUAAACAAACAGUUUGAUUUGAAAUAAAGAAUAGUCAUUGAGUUUACUCUAUGUGUUCUUUUGUAUAUUAGUUAAUUAUAAUGAAUAUAUUAUAUUAUUAUUAUUAUUA